UUAAAACGUCUUUUUUAAACUUUUCGCAAUUGCUUUGGAUACAUUAGCUCCAGCUAGCCGCUAGUUAGCCGCCGCUAGCCUUGUUUUUCCACCUGUAAGCGGUGGCGUUUCGCUCCUCUCUGAGUGCUAAUGUAAGCUAGCUGCCCAUACCAGCUCGGGAUGGAGAGCCCCCCAUUUCUUCUCGAUCGUGGUGUUCGCCUACAUUCUCGUUUCGUCGUGAACACCAGGAUCCAUUAAGAGUGGGAUCUGGAGACAAGACCAUGAAGCAUCCAGCGAUACCUUAGUUAAAUCCAAUCUUUGUACAUUUCAAACACUCAGAGGUAACGUGGCACAGGUCUUAAGGACGUCAGCAGCCUCCUCUAAGCUGGUGAUGUCACGGGUUCCCACCCCCCCUCCGCCCGGGGAGAUGUCCAGUGGCCCAGUGGCGGAGAGCUGGUGCUACACCCAGGUAAAAGUAGUGAAGUUUUCCUACAUGUGGACCAUCAACAACUUCAGCUUUUGCCGAGAAGAGAUGGGCGAAGUGUUGAAGAGCUCAACGUUCUCCUCCGGCCCUAACGACAAGAUGAAAUGGUGUUUGCGAGUCAACCCCAAGGGACUGGACGACGAAAGCAAGGAUUACCUGUCGUUGUAUUUACUACUCGUGAGCUGUCCGAAAAGCGAAGUCAGGGCCAAGUUCAAGUUCUCCCUGCUCAACGCCAAGCGGGAGGAGACAAAGGCGAUGGAAAGCCAAAGAGCGUACCGCUUUGUCCAGGGCAAGGACUGGGGCUUCAAGAAGUUCAUUAGGAGGGACUUCCUGCUAGACGAGGCCAACGGACUCCUGCCGGAUGACAAGCUCACAUUGUUCUGCGAGGUGAGCGUGGUUCAGGACUCGGUCAACAUCUCGGGCCAGUCCAACAUGAACAUGCUGAAGGUACCCGAGUGCCAGCUGUCUGACGACCUGGGCAACCUGUGGGAGUGCUCGCGCUUCACCGACUGCAGCCUCUACGUGGGGGGGCAGGAGUUCAAGGCCCACAAAUCCAUCCUGGCAGCGCGAUCCCCGGUUUUCAAUGCAAUGUUUGAACAUGAAAUGGAAGAGAGUAAAAAGAACCGUGUUGACAUCAGCGACGUGGACCCUGACGUCUUCAAAGAGAUGAUGGGCUUCAUCUACACCGGCAAAGCGCCCAACCUCGAGAAAAUGGCCGAUAACCUGCUCGCGGCGGCCGAUAAAUACGCUCUGGAGCGUUUAAAGGUCAUGUGCGAGGAGGCCCUGUGCAACAGCCUCUCGGUGGAGAACGUGGCGGACACCCUCAUCCUGGCAGACCUGCACAGCGCUGAGCAGCUCAAAGCACAAGCCAUAGAUUUUAUCAACAGGUGCAGUGUCCUGAGACAGCUGGGCUGUAAAGAUGGGAAGAACUGGAAUAGCAACCACGCCACGGACAUCAUGGAGACGGCGGGCUGGAAGUCCAUGAUCCAGUCCCACCCGCACCUCGUGGCAGAGGCCUUCCGCGCCCUGGCGUCCGCACAAUGCCCCCCCUUCGGUCUGCCCCGGAAGCGCCUAAAACAGUCGUGACCGACCCCGGCUCCCCCGGCAGCACCACCACCACCACCACCCCCCACCACCACACCCAGCCCCAGCCUGUGGCCCUGUAGGACUUUUUUUACUGGAGGAGUGACGCGCGGAGGACGUGGCCGGGGACGGACUUGAGGUCAGAGCUCUGUUCCACCACACAACACCACA